CGCUCCCGCGCGCCGGCUCAGCAUCCUUAGUCCCAGCAGCAGCCCCCGCAGUCGCUGGAGCGGCCGCGCCCGCCGCAGGGAGGGAGGAGCAUCUGGGGAGGUUCCAAGUUGGCGGAGCGACUGGGACCCCCGGACUCUCAACAUCCGCCCCCGGAGGGCCUGAGACGCAAGCAGGGGAGGGGGCACCGCCCAGUCCCUAGUUCCGAGUCCUGACCCCCUGCCCGCGGCAGCACCAUGCGCGCCGAGCCGGCGUGACCGGCUCCGCCCGCAGCCUCCCCGCAGCCUAGUCCAGCUCUCUCCCCGGCCACACCGAGCGGCGCUCGGGAGCUAUGAGCCAUGAAGCCGCCAGGCAGCAGCUCCCGGCGGCCGCCCGUGGCGGGUUGCAGCCAUCCUCGAGCCUCCAGCGACCCCCGCGGCGGCCCCGCCGGCCCGGCGCCUGCCCGCGCCCUGGCCCGCGCGCCUCCCUGCCGCCUGCUCCUCGUCCUUCUCCUGCUGCCUCCUCUCUCCGCCUCGUCCUGGCCCCGCGCCCGGGGGGCUGCUGCACCCAGCGCUCCGCAUUGGAAUGAAACUGCAGGAAAAAAAUUGGGAGUCCUGGCAGAAGAAGACAACACAUUGCAACAGAAUAGCAGCAGUAAUACCAGUUACAGCAAUGCGAUGCAGAAAGAAAUCACACUGCCUUCAAGACUCGUAUAUUACAUCAACCAAGACUCUGAAAGCUCUUACCAUGUUCUUGACACAAAGGCAAGGCACCAGCAAAAACAUAACAAGGCUGUCCAUCUGGCCCAGGCAAGCUUCCAGAUUGAAGCUUUUGGCUCCAGAUUUAUUCUUGACCUCACACUGAACAAUGAUUUGCUGUCUUCGGAUUAUGUGGAGAUUCACUAUGAAAAUGGGAAGCCACAGUACUCGAAGGGCGGAGAGCACUGUUACUACCACGGAAGCAUCCGAGGUGUCAAGGACUCCAGGGUGGCUCUGUCGACCUGCAACGGACUUCAUGGAAUGUUUGAAGACAAUACCUUCAUGUACAUGAUCGAACCACUGGAGCUGGUUCAUGAUGAGAAAAGCACAGGUCGACCACAUAUAAUCCAGAAAGCCUUGGCAGGACAAUAUUCUAAACAAAUGAAGAAUCUCAGUACGGAAAGCAGUCACGAGUGGCCCUUCCUGUCUGAGUUACAGUGGUUGAAAAGGAGAAGGAAGAGAGCAGUGAAUCCAUCUCGUGGUGUGUUUGAAGAAAUGAAAUAUUUGGAACUUAUGAUUGUUAAUGAUCACAAAAUGUACAAGAAGUAUCGCUCUUCUCACGCACACACCAACAACUUCGCAAAAUCUGUGGUCAACCUUGUGGACUCUAUUUACAAGGAACAGCUCAACACCAGGGUUGUCCUGGUGGCUGUAGAGACCUGGACUGAGAAGGAUCACAUCGACAUCACCACCAACCCUGUGCAGAUGCUUCAUGAAUUCUCCAAAUACCGGCAGCGUAUCAAGCAACAUGCUGAUGCUGUGCAUCUCAUCUCGCGCGUGACAUUCCACUAUAAGAGAAGCAGUCUGAGUUACUUUGGAGGUGUCUGCUCUCGCACAAGGGGAGUUGGUGUGAAUGAGUAUGGUCUUCCAAUGGCAGUGGCACAAGUAUUAUCGCAGAGCCUGGCUCAAAACCUUGGAAUCCAAUGGGAACCUUCUAGCAGAAAGCCAAAAUGUGACUGCACAGAGUCCUGGGGUGGCUGCAUAAUGGAAGAAACAGGGGUUUCCCAUUCCCGAAAGUUCUCCAAGUGCAGCAUUUUGGAGUAUAGAGACUUCUUACAGAGAGGGGGUGGAGCCUGUCUUUUCAAUAGGCCAACAAAGCUAUUUGAGCCCACGGAGUGUGGCAAUGGAUAUGUAGAAGCUGGGGAGGAGUGUGACUGUGGUUUCCAUGUGGAAUGCUAUGGAGUGUGCUGUAAGAAAUGCUCUCUCUCCAAUGGGGCCCACUGCAGCGAUGGGCCCUGCUGCAACAACACCUCAUGUCUGUUUCAGCCAAGAGGAUAUGAAUGUCGGGAUGCUGUGAAUGGGUGUGACAUCACCGAGUACUGUACUGGGGACUCCGGCCAGUGCCCACCAAACCUUCAUAAGCAAGAUGGAUACGCAUGCAAUCAAACCCAGGGCCGCUGCUACAGCGGGGAGUGCAAGACCCGGGACAACCAGUGUCAGUACAUCUGGGGAACGAAGGCUUCAGGGUCUGACAAGUUCUGUUACGAGAAGCUGAACACAGAAGGCACGGAGAAGGGAAACUGCGGGAAGGACGGAGACCGAUGGAUCCAGUGCAGCAAACAUGAUGUGUUCUGUGGAUUUUUACUCUGCACCAAUCUCACACGAGCUCCACGUAUUGGCCAACUUCAGGGAGAGAUCAUCCCCACUUCCUUCUAUCAUCAGGGCCGGGUGAUUGACUGCAGACACAUUGGCCUUAUUAAAUCAUGUUGUUGUAUUCUGAACUGGCAUAUUCGUAAACUGGUCAGCAGGUGGUACUCUGUCAUGGUGCUCUCACGUGGUUUAGAUGAUGACACAGACGUGGGCUAUGUGGAAGACGGAACGCCGUGCGGCCCGUCCAUGAAUGUGUGUUUAGAUCGGAAGUGCCUACAAAUUCAGGCCCUAAAUAUGAGUAGCUGCCCACUCGAUUCCAAGGGUAAGUCUGUUCAGGCCAUGGGGGUGUGUAGUAACGAAGCCACUUGCAUCUGUGAUUUCCCUGGGGCAGGAACGGACUGCAGUAUCCGGGAUCCAGUCAGGACCUUCACCCCUCCAGAUGAAGGACCCAAGGGUCCUAGUGCCACCAAUCUCAUAAUAGGCUCCAUCGCUGGUGCCAUCCUGGUAGCAGCUAUUGUCCUUGGGGGCACAGGAUGGGGAUUUAAAAAUGUCAAGAAGAGGAGGUUCGAUCCUACUCAGCAAGGCCCCAUCUGAAUCAGCUGCGCUGGGUGAACAACGGUGCCUCGCACUGUUGGAUUCUGGGUAUGACAUACUUUCAGUGACAUUGCCAGAACUCUUAAGCCUGUAAACAAGAACAUUGGGUGGUCAUGACUACAGAACUCAAGUUGGGGUGACAAGGAUGAGGUAAAAGAAAACUGUCCUUUUUUGGAAAUCAUUUCAAAGAACUCCUCCCACCACCUGUCAAUAAAAGGGGGACAAAAGACAAUGUUAUAAAAAGAACUAUUUGAGGAUUUCUUUUCCCAACUAAAGGUCUCAAGAAGGAACAACAACAAAAAAAUUAAGUGCAAUAAAAAGAACCAUUAAAAAUAACAAAUGAUUUUUUUUCCUUCCUCAGCCUGCCGGCACUUAGUAUCUUAUAAAUGAUCUGGCAUGAUUUUUUCUUUUCCUACCAAUGACACACUCCAGUGGCAUGAAGAUCUCAUUCUGGAAAGGGUAAAAUCUGCAUGGCAUAUCUACAACAAGCAGCUAGCAAGCAAAUCCGCAGCAAAACCUGCACCUGAAUUCCUAAGGUGGAGACGACAGAGGAACAUGAGGAAGUGGCCUGGCCCCCUCCCCCUAGUCUAAACCAGACCGUGAACUCCAGAGACCCCUGCUCUUGUGAUUCACCUUCCCAUUGUCUUUUCUCCUGGGCUGAGCAGCCUUUGGAAGUGGGAGCCGGAGUCUGAGCGUUGAUGCUAUUGUAUAGUUCUUUUAUAAAUGUAAAUAUGGAAAAAGAUUUUGACACAUCAACGUUCACUUGUCUGUAUUGAAAUAUUUUCCUUGUAAAGGUUCUCUGUAAAUUUGAGUCUGUUGUUUGCUCCCCAUCUUUUUGGUUCCUUUUCUCUGUAUAGGCGUCUCUGUCCUUCUCUCUUGUAACAUGUUGUACAGUGACCGUUGGGCUCGCUUAAAAAAGACAGGUGUAGUCACCGAUGCAGGGAGUUUGGGCACAAAAUGGAUGCGAUUUAGGAAUGAAAUGUUUGAAUGACAUGAAAUGCUUUGAAACCAAAAAUAAACAAAAGGUGGGGGGACACAAAACAAACGACCCAUAUUAAAAACACAAAAACUAUGUAAGUGGAAGUAUAUGUACGGAUAAGUCUCUAAAAGUUUUUGAUGUCAUUAUAAACCUAUGUAUAUAAUGUAAGAAAGUAGACACCCUCUCAAAUUAAUCACAAAAGUGCCAAGCUCACAAUUUUAGUUUUUGGUUCUGACAAUUUUCCCCCCUGUCUUUAAUGUGAAAGGAGGAUAAACUUAAAGCCUUAAAUUAAAAAAAAUUCAAUGUUGAAAGCUUGGAAAAAAGUUAAGCUUUCCAUCUUAUUCAUCUCUAUUACUGUCAAUAUUUCUUUCAUGCUUCAUCAUACUGCCUUGAAAUACAUAUGGUGGAAGCCCACUGUCAAACCGGACAUGGAGGCAGACAGCACUUACCUUCCGGUGAGCGCCGUCGGAACGCCCACGGGGCGCUGCUGGUCUGUGCAUCGCUGCGCCGGGUUACAGCGGGGUUCGACCACACACACCUUCCCCUCUUCCUUCCAGGCAGAGUUGCAGGUGUAAUCUGGGUUCCCGAGUCCCUCUGAGUUUAGGUCACUUUCACUGAGGUUUCUUCUUCCAUAAAUAGGGUCAUCAUCACUUCCAGUCAAGUACCUAAAGAAAUUUGGCCCCGGCUUUGUUUUAAAGGUAAAACUUGUCCUUCAUCCCUUCAGUGAGUGUCCUUCUAGACAUGAGCUCUCCUGAAAGACCCCCAAGUACCCAUAGUUCUCUAACAUCCUCUUUUUAAGAACAGGACAUCAGUUAUACUGUUCACUUCGUGACAGCCAAGUCAGAUAGCUCUCAAUCCCUUUUCAGCAGGAUUCAUGACACUAGUCUCACCACUUUGGCUUUGACUUCGGAAAGGAUUAUGGCCUAAAAAUGCACUGCUUGAAACAGUGUGUUUUUUUUUUCCCAUGUAUUUUCAAUUGUGGAAGUAUCACAGUUAUAGAGCAAGAAACCUUGAUUUCUAUACGCUACAAUAGACCAUAAGCUAACAUCUUAAUCCUGUUGUUGCUUCCUGAGUACUAGGUGCUACACCAGUAUGCAGCCUUUCUCUAGAAAUAGCUACAUGUUUAUAUUGCGAUAACAGGGUUCUCCGCAAGGUGUACCAGCCUUACUCUUGGCUUCACCAGAUACAGGUUGUCUUCACUAGACAUAGGUUGUCCCCCCUCCCUAGUGGCAGUGGCUCUUUCACCUCCGAGGAAACUCAGAUUACUCAGCAUCUCUUCCCAUCACUGCAUCAUGUGUGUCUCUCUGUUGCUGGAUCCUGCUCACUAGUGGAUUCGAAACCACUGCUGAGCGCACCAUGUACAUUUCACUGCUCUUCCAGAUGCACCAGGUGACUUAAUAGAAACAAAACCAUGGUGGUUACAAAACAAGUUCAAUCUUUAUUAUCAACUUUUGAGCAUUUCACAAACAACAUUGUAAAUGUGCGAUGUUAUGUUUUAAAUCAGACCACAGUGGUCCCCAAAUAUUAUGUACAUAUGGCAAAUGUCAGUGUAACUUUUCGUUACACCGGCAGUUUCAUAGGUAACCAAACCUAUGCUCCAAUGUCCAAUUGUUUGUGUGUAUAUGUAAAAUGCACAAGCUUUAAGCUGUGUGUGUAUGAAUACGAAAGAGUAUGCAACCAUACCAAUCGUGAACAAUGGAUUCUAAUUAUUUUUGGUGGUAUUAGGUUAUGUAGUUUCAAACUCUGCUGUGUUUUCUCUUGCCCAUGCCAUUCAUUUGCUGAUUUUUGUGGUGUGAAUAAUCUUUGCUUAUUAAUUUGAGCUCAAAGCACAAGCAUAUCACUGUUUAAUGUUACCCAACAAGAGUUAAUGUUCAGUAAUGACACGUUCCCAUUUCACCCACUACACUCCUGCUGCAUUAACCAACGACACAUGGACGAGGAGAUGCACGCUGACUUCAUCGCUCACCUGGGACACUGCAUGAGCCCCCUGAACUAGAGCUACUCCUAUUAGAUAAGUGAGCAGUACACAUAGGUGCAUGUUCUGAAACACGAAUCACAUAGAGCCGUGGAGUUCUACCAAGUGGUAUGUGUGGUUUUGGUUUUUGUUUUUGUUUUACUAUGCAAAGAUGGGAAAUGCACAACUUUUCAAAGACUAGUGUCUGGAGAACUUUACAAACAAUACUUGAACCCUUUCUUUCAAGUCAUCCCAUCCUAUUUGGUAGCUGUUGCUUCCAUGGUUGAUUUUCAUUUUUACACGGUUUGUAAUUUUUUAAGUGCACCACCUGAAGUUUUGUUUGAAUAAAUUCAUUCAUAAUCUUGUUGGCUGCCCUUGAAUGGAGAUUCAGUACUCACUGUAUGCAUCUUUCAGUCAAGUCUGUAUUAAAACCUUGGUUAAUGUAAAUGCUGUAGCUUUAUACUUUGGUCAUUUUUCAUACCGCCUUUUCUGUGUUCUCUUGUAUUGUUGAAUAAACGGCCAUGUGCCUGAUACCA